GCUACUCCAGGGACACAGAGCAGUGUCAUACAAAAAUCAAGGAGCUCAGGCAAGCAUACCAAAAAACCAGGGAGGCAAACGGGCGCUUUGGGUCACAGACCCAUACAUUCUGCUUCUACCGUGAGCUCCAUGCAAUUAUGGAGGGUGACGCCAUCACUACCUCACCACUGUCCGUGGACAACGGCAAGGGGGAAGUUGCCUGGAGAGAGCAGGAAGAGUCAUUGGAGGACGAAGAAGAGGAGGAGGAGGAGGAAGACAGUGAACAGGCGGCAAGUGAGGAAUCCAUUUUCCCCCCAGCGAGGAACUAUGCUUAACGCUGGAGCCAAUAGCCUCCCCCACUCCCAAUGUGGGCUCCCAGACCAUGACCCUGGAGAAAGUACUUCUGGUGCAAAUGUUUCAACGCAACCCCUAUCUACUCCGUCCCAGAGGCUGGUCCAGAUUAGAAGGUGGAAAAAACGAACUCGGGAAGACAUGUCUGCCGAGCUCAUGCAGUCCUCCCGCACUGAUAGGGUGCAGCUGAAUGCGUGCAGGCAAACAAUCGAGGAGUCCCAUAAAGCAUUACAAGAACACGAAGAGUGGAGGGAUGCGUGUGAUGAGAGCAGACAGGAUGCUAUGGUCAAACUCAUGGGGGAGCAAACUGACAUCCUACCUUAUGGUGGAUCUAAUGCGGGAAAGGCAGCAAGACCACAGACUACUGCUGCAGCCCUGUAUAACCACCCUCCCUCCUCCCCAAGUUCCAUACCCUCCUCACCCAGAUACCCAAGAACAUGAGUGGGGAGGCUACGGGGACCCACGCACUCAACCCCGGAGGAUUGCCCAAGCAGCAAAAAGCUGGCAUAUGCGAACUUUUGAUUUGGUUUUUGGACUUGUCCCUCCCCCCUCCAACCCAACACCUCCGCCCACCCCCCAUCUGCCUUCUGAUUUCUCUCAGUGUGUUGUGCAACAAAUAAUA